GUCACUUCAUUUCAGAAAAUGUUUUCAAUCUUAGCCACAAAGUAUUAAGUGAAACUGAGAUAAGUGUUGUGAGUAAAGGCUUACAGUUUGUUCCAACUACAUUUAAGAUAGAUGAAGAGGAUUUAAGGAAAGACUUUAACGAAUUUACCCGUAGAAUGCGUAAUAAAUGGCAUUUCAGAGAUAACGUAACAGCGGACUUCAGUGAAAUUCCGGCAUUUCGUCCUAAAUCCACCUGGACACCACCUAAAGGUUGUCCGUCCUUAGAACUAUUCUUAAGUCAACUUGAAAAAGAACUGUUUGAGUGUGUACCGCAAAAACUUUGGAAAAACAAUCUUAGUAAGAUUGAGUGGCUAGCUUUGAAAACAUUGACUGAAGAUAACAGUAUAAUUAUUAAACCAGCGGAUAAAGGGUCGUGUGUUGUGGUCUGGGAUAGAGAUGACUAUUUAGCAGAAGGAUAUUCGCAACUAAGUGAAAAUAAUGUUUACACCAAAAUGGAAAGGUUUUCGGAAGAAACUGUGAUGUCUUUGACUGAGGAAAGCAACAACAUGUUUCAUAAGCUGUAUAAUCAAGGAUGCAUUUCGAAAGACGAAUUUAAGUAUUUUUCGUACGAUUUUAAAAAUUCGUGUGCACUGGGGAGGCUAUAUCUUUUACCUAAGAUUCAUAAAAGGCUUCGAAAUGUACCCGGACGUCCUGUUAUCUCUAAUUGUGGGACUCCUACAGAGAGGGCGUCUGAAUUCUUAGAUCACCAUCUUAAACCCAUAAUGAAAGCAGGGAAGUCCUACAUUCGAGAUACAGGACAUUUUUUGGAUAAAUUAAAAGAAAUAGGUAAAGUUCCGGAAAAUGCAUUGCUUGUAACUGCUGAUGUUACAAGCCUCUAUCCCAGUAUCCCACACGAGGAUGGUCUGCGAGCACUUCACACCAAGCUAGAGGAAC